AUGUCAACAUUGACGGAAAUUUUUUGUCUAUUCUAUCUGUUAAGUUUCUUAGCAGCAAUUAUCAGUGGUGCGGAACGGGAUAUUGGUGAAUCACAGAAAUGUGACAGUGCUACCGAACAAAUUGUUUCCGGUUGUUUGCAGCCAAUGUUACGAUUUGCAGACAGUGUUGAACGGAAUAACGGUGGAAUGCAAUUUGCCUGGCAUGGUAGCGAUAUUUUCAAACGUUUAUGUACCAUUUAUCAAGAAUUUAAGGCUUGUACAGAAAAUAUAGUCUGUGAAAGUCGUACAAUUUAUGCAAUGCAGGCCAGCUAUGAUUAUAUGUGUGGUAAUGGAUAUACCUUGUUCGAAGAAUAUGCUGCUUAUAUAUACCCAUAUAUCUAUAUGUGUACAUUUAAAUUUUAUAUAUUUAUAUUCAUUUUCUACAUCAACGAGCAUUGUCUAUGCUUAGCAUUCUCAAUUAAAUGCACUUUUUUUUUUUUU